UUAAUUAUGAUAAUAUGCAUGUAUUUAUACUUCUCUUUUGUUGAAUUUAUAUUUGUGUUGUUUUUUUGUUGCUUAUUUACUUUUUUUUUAGUUGAUUGGUCUGGUAUUUAUUUAUUUGUUGGGGAGUUAUUUGGGAUAGAUAUAUUGGGUUUUUUUUGAUUGAGUUAAGUUUGUGGAUUGGAAUACUAAUAUUUUUAGCUAGAAUGAGUUUAAAGGUUAAUUUUGAUAAGAUAUUUAAUUUUUAUAUUAUUUUGAUAGUUCUUCUUUUAAUUUUUUGCUUUUUGCUUCAAAAUUUAAUUGGGUUUUAUUUAUUUUUUGAAAGAGUUUUGUUUCCUAUUGUUAUAUUAAUUAUGGGUUGGGGAUACCAGCCUGAACGUCUUCAGGCUGGUAUUUAUAUACUAUUUUAUACACUUUUUGGUUCACUCCCUUUAUUUUUGUUUUUUUUAUUCAAUAGAGAAAGAUUAAGAAUUUUUUAUAUUUAUUGAAUAAAUUAUAGAUUAUCAAUAGUGAUAGUGCUUAUAGGAGUUUUAGGAUUUUUAGUAAAAAUACCAAUAUUUUUUGUUCAUGUUUGACUCCCAAAGGCUCAUGUUGAAGCUCCGGUAGCUGGAUCUAUGAUUUUGGCUGGUGUGUUAUUAAAAUUAGGAAUUUAUGGACUUCUUCGAAUUAAAUUUUUUUUAAUUAAUAAUUUUAAUAGAUUUAGUUUUCUGAUUAUGAGAGUUGUUUUGAUUGGCGGUUUAAUAAUUAGAUUAAUUUGUUUAUGUCAGGUUGAUGUUAAGGCACUGAUUGCAUAUUCUUCUGUAUGUCAUAUGGGUAUGGUUUUAGGAGGUCUUAUGAGUAUAACUGGUUGAGGGUUGAUUGGAAGUUUAGCUAUAAUGAUUGGUCAUGGUCUUUGCUCAUCAGGGUUAUUUUGUUUAGCAAAUAUGUACUAUGAACGGUUCUACACUCGUAGAAUAAUUCUUUUAAAAGGUUUAGGAAGAGUAUUUCCAUUAGGAUUGUGAUGAUUUUUAUUUAGAAUUAUUAAUAUAGCAGCCCCUCCUUCUAUAAAUUUAGGUGGAGAGUUACUAUUAAUAGGUGGUAUUAUAAAGUGGAGAUUAAUAGUAAUAGUUCCUUUAGGUUUAAUAUCUUUUUUUAGUGCAGGGUAUUCUUUGUAUAUAUUUAGUUAUUUAAAUCAUGGGAAAGGAUGGGUGGUAUAUGGUGUGUUUAUAAUUUCAAUUCGAGAAAUAUAUCUAUUAUUUCUUCAUUUAAUUCCCCUAUUAUUGUGAAUUUUGAAAAUGGAGAUAUUUAUAAUUUGGUUUUAUCUAGUUAGUUUAUAUAUAAAAUAUUAAAUUGUGGAUUUAAUGAGGAAUUAUCACUGGAUAAUUUUUUUCCAAUGAGGAGUUUAUAUAUUUAUUUUAAGAAUUUUUUUUUUUACCCUAGGCGUAUGAUUUAUAAUAUAUAUAAAUGUUUUAGUAAUUGAAUAUUUUUUAUUAGUUUUAGGGGAUUUUGAAUUAAAAUUUUAUUUAUUGUUUGAUUGGAUGAGAAUAAUAUUUGUUUGCGUGGUUUUGUUUAUCUCAUGUAUAGUUAUUUUUUAUAGAAAUGACUAUAUGGAAAGAGAAAAAUUUAAAAAUUAUUUUUGUUAUGGAGUUUUAUUAUUUGUUGGGUCUAUACUAAUAAUAAUUAUGAGUCCUAAUUUAUUAAUAAUUUUAUUGGGGUGAGAUGGUUUAGGCUUAGUUUCAUAUUGUCUAGUAAUUUUUUAUCAGAAUUAUAAAUCUGAUAGAGCUGGAAUAAUUACUGUGAUGAGAAAUCGAAUUGGGGAUGUGAUAAUUUUAUUAUCUUUUGUUUUUCUUUUAAAUUUUGGAAAUUUAGAUUUUUUGGUUUUUAAAAAAAUAUUUUUUGUAGGAGGUUUAAUGCUAAUCAUUGCUGGUAUAACUAAAAGAGCUCAAAUUCCUUUUUCUGCCUGACUCCCCGCUGCUAUGGCAGCCCCAACCCCCGUCUCCUCUUUAGUUCAUUCUUCAACUUUGGUUACAGCUGGUGUUUAUCUUUUAAUUCGUUUAGAUAUGUUAUUUUGUAUUAGUGGUUUUAGAUGAUUUUUAUCUUUUUUGGCUUUGUUAACUAUGGUUAUAUCAGGGGUUGGGGCUGUAUUGGAAAUGGAUCUAAAAAAAAUUAUUGCUUUGUCUACUCUUAGACAGCUUGGUUUAAUAAUAUUAAUUUUGUCUUUAGGGGAAACAGGUCUAGCUUUUUUUCAUUUAUUAACUCAUGCAUUAUUUAAGGCUAUAUUAUUUUUAUGUGCUGGUUUUAUAAUCCAUAGAAGAUUAGGAGGGCAGGAUAUUCGUUUUAUGGGAUUUUUUUUUUGUUCUAAUCCUUUAAUUGGAAUAUCAUUUAGACUAGCUAAUUUAUCACUAUUUGGGUUACCAUUUUUAAGAGGAUUUUAUUCAAAAGAUAUAAUUUUAGAAUUUGUUUAUGCUAAUAAGGAAAAUUGAUUUACUACUUCUUUGGUUGUAUUAGCAACUGUAAUAACUUGUGUUUAUUCAUUGCGUGUUAUAUAUUAUUCAAUAUGAAGGGGUAGAAGAAAGUUAGUUGUUUUCUCUAGUCAUUGGUCUUUUUGAAUAGAAGUUCCAGUGUUCCUUAUAGGAUUGUUGGUAAUUUUUUUUGGUUCGAUAAUAAGAUGAAUUAUGUUUUCUUGUUGGGAUUUAAGAAUUAUGAUAUUGAAGAUCAAAAUGGUUAAUGUUGUAAUUUUAGGUUUAGGUUGUUGAGUCUUUUACUCUCUAUACAGAGGUUUUAUUGGAAUCAUUAACUUAAGUAAAGUUAAUGAUUUUUUUGGGAGUAUAUGAUUUUUAUCAAUUAGAUCCGGGAGACUAUCUGUGAAAUCAUUGGUUUCUGGUCUUUAUUACUAUAGGUUUGAUAAUGGAUGAUUAGAAGAAAUUGGGCCGCAGGGAGUUUAUAAAUUUAAUUAUGCAGCUAGAAUAUUUGUACAAUGGUUCCAAGUUAGUAAUCUAAAAAAUAUUAUUAUUUUAAUAUUUUUUAUUGUAUUUUUAUUCUUUUA